ACAUUAUACAUUGAUUAGGAACUAUUUCUUGCGUAUAUUAGGCAGUAAAGUUGGCGAUGAAACUCAAAACAGUAGUGCGAAAGCUGCUGAUUCUUCUACAGCUAACAAGCGUAAUGCCUAAACGACGUAUAUCAACCGAUUUAGAAAGUGGCGAAACCGUGUUCUAUUUCAAAGACAGCAAGGAAAUCGAUAGGAUGCAGCCCAACAGCCCCAACCACAAAGGUGCUAGAUCCGACACAGAAGAUUUGGACGAAGACGAUAAAGUGAAACAACCACCUUUGCCUACGCCCAGACGAGUAUAUUCUCAGGAGUGUAAAAUAUGUGUCACUGUUUGUUGCGGAUCGGAUUGCCAAUGUGCAAACCAGCUGUUGCCCUCGCUUUUGAGGGCAUCACCUGGUUUGCAACCAACCACAAAGAAUCCAAUGGCAUUACCCAUAGAAGAAACGAGGAGAGGUUUCAGCAACCGGGACUACAUAAAAAGUGUCCUAACCAAUGAUGGAGAUAUCAGCUCCGUGCUGAAUAAUUUAGUCAAAAUCACCUUGCAGAAGGUCGAUAUGAUGAAGAAAAUGGAUAAUAUGAACGUCGAAGGCUCCGAAAAUUUUGCAUAAACCACUCUUACCGCUGAGAUUUUUAGGAUGCUGUUUUAAUCAACCCUACUCCUUUCA